AUGAGCGGUGAAGAUUUAUUAACCAAAUUCGAUGACUUGGUGAAGCGGCUUAGGAACGAAUUCAACGAUAUUAUUGAAGGGGAGAGAGCCAAAAUGAAGGCGGAACUAGACGCUUACAACGCAGAGAAGCAAAGAAUGAAAGCCGUCGAAGUCAGCGACAACGAUAUCAUACACCUCAACGUUGGUGGUCACACAUUAACCACAAAAAGAUCUACUCUUUGUCAAGUAGAAGGUUCGCUGCUCGCCUCAAUGUUCAGUGGACGUUGGGAGGACAGUCUCGAGCGCGAUAAAGAUGGCGCCAUAUUUUUCGAUUUCAAUCCCCAGUAUUUUCUUGUUAUAUUGGAAUACCUGCGCGCGAAGAAAAUUGCCACACCAGAGCAUCCCGCGCCAUUGCCGAAAGUCGCCGAAGACCAAGCAAAAAGUUUUAAUAGUCUUUUGGGAUAUCUCAGAUUAAGCAAUCAGAUGUGUUUUGAUAUAUCAGAUUAACCAAUCAGAUGUGUUUGAUAUAUCAGAUUAACCAAUCAGAUGUGUUUGAUAUAUCUGAUUAACCAAUCAGAUGCGUGGUAAGCCAGUGAGAGGUAGUGAUAGUGAAAGUCAAAUCUGAAUCUCUGUAAUAACACUGUCAGACUGGUUAGAUUCAUCAAAUUGUUAAAUGGAAUACAAAACUUUCGCUUCUGAGAUUGGUCUGACAGAAAAAUUUAGAUCAAAUCAACAUGAGGUCCAUUUUGAUCAGACGUCCGAAAACUUGGCCCAGAUCUAUCUUGCUUGAAAUUAUAAGCCGUUAUAGUAUGCAAGACUCUCCCCUUGACGAGUAAAUUCAUCUGGCGUUAGACAGAGUAAAAUACUAAAGUAGGGCGCAUUUUGGCGCAUUGCAGCUUAAUGGGUUAUAUAAGAGAGAGAAAUUCUGCCCAGCAUGGCUGGUCUGACCAUUUCAAAUGGAAAGCGUGCUUUGUGUCUUUUUUUGUAAAUAUAUCCAGUCCUUGCAAUAUGAUUAUGAACUUUAGCUAAAUUGAGGACUUUAUGUAAAUUUGUAUGUGGCAUAUAACAAAGUACGCAUUAUCAAAGUUGAGUUAUAGAAUUAUAGUGGCAUGCAGUCAUUGUUUGUUUUAUUAGGUUAACUAGUGCACGUAGUGAUUAAGAAUCAAGUAAUAACAAAUAUAUGGACAAAAUAUUUAGAUUUAUAUACCAGUAAAAUAUCGUGUUAGUUUUCAUAGGUAGUAAAAUAUUUCAUAUUGAUGUUUAAUAAAAGUACUUGUUUAAAACAGAUCUGUCAUAAAAGUUUCUGAAACUCCUUGGUUUUUCAAAAAAAAUCCUUAAAUUACUUCAUUCAGUUUGAUGUGAUUUCCACUUGACGACGUAAAGUCACAUAUUUGUACUUGAAAAUUAACCAGAUAAAAAUUCGAGAAUUCCGCAAUUUAUAAUUCUUGAAACCUUAAAGCUUUGAAUUCUUCAUAAGUUUCUCCGCACAAAACAGAUUUGUAUACAUUGAGGUUUAUUUCAGCUCGAUUUACGCGACGAAAUUUAACAUAGACUGGACUCAGGUUAGUUUGAACCAGUCUCUGGAAUAUGGUUCAAACUAACCCUGCUGAAACCCUAGACAGCCUUUUUUUUACAUUUCAAAAACCUCACAUUGGUUGAAGUUAACUUACAUCGAACCUGGGUUAUUUUUCGUAGCGUAAAUCAAGCUUUCACUGAUAUUCACUGAAUACCACUAGAAUCACUAGACAAAAAUUCAGGUCAAAGUCCGUAAAAUAUUCAGCAGUUUAAUAAUAGUUGUCAUAAUGAAACAGGAAACCAUGAUCAUGUUUGUCAGUAUUUGCAUAAUAAAAGAGAAAGCAGAUUUCGCAAUAUUAUUUUCCCAGAAUAGAUUGCUUUUACAAGGAAUACGACCUUGCCUUGUUCUCUCGUUACGUACAUUUAAAGUUGUGUUGCCGUCAUUUAUCAAACUCAAAAUCAUUCUCAGUGUAUUUAAAACGCGCCAAAAUGAGCGGUGAAGAUUUACUAACCAAAUUCGAUGACUUGGUGAAGCGGUUUAGGAACGAAUUCAACGAUAUUAUUGAAGGGGAGAGAGCCAAAAUGAAGGCGGAACUAGACGCUUACAACGCAGAGAAGCAAAGAAUGAAAGCCGUCGAAGUCAGCGACAACGAUAUAAUAGAACUCAACGUUGGUGGUCACAAAUUAACCACCAAGAGAUCUACUCUUUGUCAAGUAGAAGGUUCGCUGCUCGCCUCAAUGUUCAGUGGACGUUGGGAGGACAGUCUCGAGCGCGAUAAAGAUGGCGCCAUAUUUUUCGAUUUCAAUCCUCAGUAUUUUCUUGUUAUAUUGGAUUACCUGCGCGCGAAGAAAAUUGCCACACCAGAGCAUCCCGCGCCAUUGCCGAAAGUCGCCGAAGACCAAGCAGAAAGUUUUAAUAAUCUUCUGGAAUACCUCGGUUUAAGCGAUGAAACCGUGCCCGCUGAAAAAGUACCUAGCGAGAAAUUCAAUCAACACAGCAGCAAUGUAGUUACUCUUCAGGAAGGCGGGACGGUUGCAGUUCAUGGUCCAAAUGAAGGACAUAGUUAUGUUCUGGGAGAAAAUGUUCACCAACAAGGCAUUGUUCGUUUCAAGUUAAAGGUGGAGUCGUUUCAAACUAAAACAUGGAUGUUGGUUGGCGUAGUGAAAGCGGAUGUUGUACCACCGAAUAACAAUUCAUAUGGAUGGCCUGGUUCAUAUGGAUGGUCACUCGGGCAGCAUGGUCAAGUACGGAAAGCUGGGUCAUGUACGGUUGAUAAUGCUUUAAAAAAUGUCACUAAACAAGGCGACACGGUUGAGUUAGUCUUGGAUUGCGAUGCUGCCAAGUUGUCACUACAUUUGUCCACUGGUCAACAAUUCCACAUCGAAAUACCAAAGUCACAAACCUGGAGACUGAAUGUCGAUUUGCGUGAUGCAAAUGACAAAGUACGCAUCAUCGAUGACAAU